AUGAGUUAAGUUAAGGGAAUUUAUAGUGAUUCAGAGGUAGUUGAUUGUAACUCAGGCUUAAGUAAUGAGGAGCUAUCGUAAGCUAUAAGACUUUAGACUAUUGACUAAUAUAUUUUUCUCAUCUUUCGUAAGUAAUUUUUGUAAUUAUUAGCAAUAAUAGCUUUCAUUUUAACAAUGAUUAUUAUGCUAAGUUUUAUGAUUUAUCCAAAAACUUGGAAAAUGCCUGGCGAUAUCAUAUUCUUUAUUUCUUUUUGUGAGGCCAUCCUAUGUGUUCAUUGGUUUAGCACAUGCAUAUACUUUAUAAUAAAUGAGAGUAGUCCUCUAAGUGAUGAUAUAUUUUGCUAAAUUAAUUCAAUUGUAAGCAUAUUUGCUGGAGCUGGAGAAAUCACCUAUAAUUUAAUAUUCUGUCUUUAUGUAAGAAUAACUCUAAAGGAUUAAUUUGCAACAAAAAAAAAACUACGCCUCAUUCUUCAUGUUAUUGCUUGGUUUACCAUGAUAUCUGUAACCUUGAUAGCAAAAAUUUUUAAUUAUAAUGGAUUGUCUUUAUUUGGCACUUGUAGUUUAAAGUAUAAUCCUGGAUUCAAUUUUGCUGGUUUGUUUUUGGUUUUUGUAAAUACUUUUAUGUCAGUUUAUACAAUGCUGUAUAUUAAAAAGGCUGUUCCUGAAAAUCAAAGAUAUUUAAAUUUGAUAGGAAAAGUUACUCGAUAUUAUUCUUCAUACAUAACGGCUUAAUUUUGUAUAUAACUAACUUAAGCAAUAAGUUAUAUUCUAGUUGGACUUAAUUGCACAAAAUUUCAAAAGGGAUGGCUAUUAAUAUUUAUCACUAUUGAAAAUUCUGCUAAAUUAUGCACCCCAUUUGUAUUAUCAAUAUUAAGGCUUCGAGACCCAACUAUAAACAGGUAAAUCUUAUUAAUUUGGAAACGACUUUCAUCCAAAUCGGAAGUUGGCAGUUCUUUAUUAUCUGAAGAGCAGAAUUUGGUAGUUAUAGCUAAAACUUUGCUCAUAGAUAAGGUUAAUACAAUUGUUUAUAGCAUAUAAUAAAUAUUUUAAUAAGAUAAUUACAUAGAAAAUGCUUCAAAAGGUAGCUAUUUAUUAAAAAAAAAUCACAAAGUAAACAAUCAAACGUCAGAAAUUUAAUCCAAGUAGAUUCAAGAAAUUCAAGAUAAAAUAACUGAGGAGGAAAUUAAUGAACAAGCUCAGUUUGUUAUUCCACCUGAAUAAGACCUAGAGAUUGAACUCAGAUUGAUGGCUUCUACUAUUAUUAUUUAUGCUCCAAAAGUUUUUCAAAAAUUGAGAAAAAAAGAUAGGAAAAUAAAUAAUUAUUCUUAGUCUUUUGAUCCAAUAUCUAAUUAAGAAUAAAUCAAUUCUUUUAAAGGUCCUGAUGGUGGAAAGGGAGGAGCGUUCUUUUUUUUUACCUUUGACAAUAAACUUUUAAUCAAAACAAUUGUUGAAUAAGAAUUAUUAAUAAUUCAAAAAAACUUGGGCAGGUACUUCCUACAUUUAAAUAGAAAUGAGUCCCUAAUCUCCCCAAUUUAUGGAAUCUUUAAGUUUGUGUUACAAAAUGGAUAAGAAUCUCAAAUAUUUAUUGUGAUGAGAAAUGCUCUCCAAAUUCCAUCAUCUUAUGUAAUGAGAACCUAUGACCUAAAAGGAUCUGAGUAUUAAAGAAAAGUUUUGAAAUAAAAUGAUUUCACUAAGGAUUUGACAAAGACUACUCUCAAAGAUAUUGACUUUAAAGAGGAAGAAGGCAAAUUAUUUAUUCCUGAAAAAUUUAAAGAUAGAUUAAAAAACAGCUUAAUUCAAGAUUCCAAAUUUUUUUCAGAGUUAAAUCUAAUGGAUUAUUCUUUGUUAAUUAUAAAAAUGAAUUGGUCAUCUUACUUAUAGAUAUAACCUUAAAUAGAUUUUUAGAUCUUCAAAUUUUUUAAUUCAGAAUUAUCUUGUAUACCAUCAAUAAAAGAAUAAGGGGUAUACUACCAUAUUGCAAUUAUUGAUUACCUACAAGAAUGGAAUGCUGAAAAAAGGAUUGAAUAAGUCACAAAAAAAGCCUUAAAUGUAAAAAUAGAUCUUGAUACUUCCGCUUAAAAUCCUUAAGAAUAUACAAAAAGAUUUAUAGAAAAAAUUGUUUUUACUAUUAUUUGA